AUGACGCGAGGUUCAAGUCCUUGGUGCAAUGUCUUUUCUACCGAUGACUGGGAGAAUUUCGAAUACGCAAGGGAUCUCCUACAUUAUUACCGUGCAGGACCGGGAAACCCAUAUGCACCGACAAUGGGAUGGCUAUGGCUAAAUAGAACGACGGAAUUGCUCUUACACCCUUCAAACGAGGGAGAUGUGUUCUUUAGCUUCGUCCAUGAUGGCGACAUCGCACCAAUGCUCGCUGCACUAAACGUGUUUGACCAGCCGGACGACCUACCAACGACCCAUAUCGCAAGAGACCGCCGUUGGCGAACAUCACAAGUUAUGCCCAUGGGCGGUCGAAUCAUCUUGGAGCGCCUGACUUGCGAGUCGCCAGGGAGGUAUCAGGUAGACAACCCAGCUAACGGCGAGCCGCCUAGCUCAAAAUCGCGUUUCAUUCGCAUCAACAUCAAUGACGGCAUUGUCCCCUUGCCCGAUUGCAAUUCCGGCCCCGAUGCAAGCUGCCCCCUGUCUCAGUUUGCGGAGAGAACUCGCUUGCGAGGCGAGGAGGCUGGUGUUUUUGAGGAUAUCUGCGGCCUUGAAAACUGGGGAAACGGGGGUAUUACUUUCCUUAAACAAGAAUAG